GCCCAGUGAGCAGUCCCACCCCGCCUGACGAGAUCGCGGCGCGACGGCGCCAUUCCCGCCGUGCCGUGCCGUGCCGUGCCGUGCCGUGCCGUGCCCAUGGCUGCGCGUGCCGCGCUGCACCAGACCGCCCGGCUGGCCUCCUCCAGCGCCCUGCUGCAGGUGCUGUUCCGGGCAGUCACCUUCGGGCUGAACGCCCUCACGCUGCGCUACCUCUCCAGAGAGCUCCUCGGCGUCGUCAGCGUGAGGCUGACUCUGCUCUAUUCCACAGCUGUCUUCCUGGCCAGGGAGGCGUUCCGCAGGGCCUGCUUGAGCGGCAGCGCAGAGAGGAGCUGGGCCGCGACCAUCAAUCUCUUGUGGCUGACAGUCCCUCUUGGUGUUUUUUGGUCUGUUAUCUUGGGCUUCAUCUGGCUACGCUUGCUUGAAGUACCUGAUCCAUCCGUGGUUCCUCAUUAUCGGGCCGGUGUUGUGGCAUUUGGCCUUUCUGCAGUUGUUGAGCUUCUAGGAGAACCAUUCUGGGUUUUAGCCCAGGCUCACUUGUUUGUAAGACUUAAGGUAAUUGCUGAAAGCGUUUCAGUAGUGUCAAAAUGCAUUUUGACUGUUGUUUUAGUCAUCCUUUAUCCACAGUGGGGCCUUUACAUUUUUUCCUUGGCUCAGCUUUUAUAUACCAGUGUUCUGGUCAUGUGCUAUGUGAUUUAUUUUGCAAUGUUCUUGGGAUCUCCUGAAGCAACAAAGAAAUCAUUUCCAAUUACAAGAAUGAAAGCUCUAUUACCUAACUUGAUGGAGGAUAAGACUUUUCUUAACUGGAAGGAAGCGUGGUUGACUUGGAGCUUCUUCAAACAAUCUUUCUUGAAACAGAUUUUGACAGAGGGUGAACGAUAUGUGAUGACUUUUUUGAAUGUGAUAAAUUUUGGCGAUCAGGGUGUAUAUGAUAUUGUGAAUAAUCUCGGUUCGCUGGUGGCCAGGUUCAUCUUUUUGCCUAUUGAAGAGAGUUUUUAUGUCUUUUUCGCUAAAGUAUUGGAACGAGGGAGGAAUGUAAAGGAUCAGAAGCAGGAUGAUGUUGCUAUGGCUGCAAAUGUGUUAGAAUUGCUGUUGAAGCUUGUGCUUCUGAUUGGCCUUACCAUCACUGUUUUUGGAUAUGCCUUUUCUCACUUGGCUCUGGAUAUUUAUGGAGGUUCGAUGCUCAGUUCUGGAACAGGUCCAGAUCUUCUCCGGUGCUACUCUUUGUAUGUCCUAUUUCUUGCUAUCAAUGGAGUAACAGAAUGUUUCACGUUUGCUUUGAUGUGCAAAGAAGAGGUAGACAGAUACAACUUUGUUAUGCUGGCCUUAUCCUUCACGUUCCUGUGCAUCUCUUAUUUCUUGACCCGCUGGCACGGCAGCAUUGGCUUUAUCCUUGCCAACUGCUUUAAUAUGGGUAUUCGAAUUGCUCACAGCAUCCAUUAUAUCUAUGAUUACUUCAAGGAAAGCUCCUACAGACCUUUGGCAGGCUUGCUUCCCUCACCAUUUUUAAUACUCGCUUAUAUCAUAAGUGGAGGAAUUACUGUUUUUUCAGAGGUAUUCUUCUGCUGCGAUAAGGGUUGGACAGCAAGGCUGAUUCACAUCAGCAUCGGGGCGCUGUGCUUUGCAGCUACCACUGUUACUAUGUUCUGCACAGAGACCAAGCUAGUCCACUUUGUCAGAAGCCAGUUCUUCUCCCAGUAUAUGAAGAAAGGAACAUGAAAUGCUCAUGGGCAGAACAAUUCUUGUACAUGGUUGCAGUUGCAAAGGGUUGUAUUUUUUGCACAGGUCUGCAUGGAAGAAGGUUUCCACAUGAGUUUGUUGGAAGUAUUGGUAGUGACAGGAUAAAUGGUUGCCGACUAAGCUAGUCCGUACAGUGAAAGAGAGACAAGUAAUUUUCUCUUUGUGCAUCGUUCUUUUUUAGCUUUUCUUCCAGCAGCCUCUUUAGUGAUGAAAGUCUGUAACCUGCACCUGCCCGACAUAAACUGAUUGCCAUUGUUAAUGUAGGGAGUUCCCAUUCUUACUGGUAGGGAGUACAUAUAUGAAGGCAUUGUAUGGCUUAUGUCUUAAGAUGUAAUUAAGAAUGCCCUUAUUGAGCAUGAUGGGCUGUUGGAUAAGUUAGAAAAGAAAUGAUUUGAAUGUAAAAACAAAAACCAAAACCUGAAGCAAACACUGGAGCAAGGACCAAUCAUAAUGUAAUUGUUACCAAAAUAGAACAUAAUACAGCGCAGAAAAAUUUGAGCUAUCAGUGCCCUGAAGUGUAAAGCAUUAAAUAGACAGUUCUGACACUUGCAGGGAAGUUAUUGGAAUAUGUAGCGUGUGUCCCAAGUCCAAGCUGGCUGUGUAAGUUUUCUUCCUUCAGUGUCAGUCAUUUAAUUAGAGUAUUGAUUAGCUUGUCAAAAAUACUCUGAAGCUUUAUCUAAACAAAAAUACAGUGGGUUUUUGAGCAAUGUUUAACAACACUUGUGAACUACAGUCACAUCGAAGCUGAAGUUCCAGAAGGUAGAGUUAAAUGAAAUUGACUUCACUCCUUUUCUAGUCAUAUCUGAGAUUAUCAGUGCAAUUAUUAACAAAUUUGUCUCCAUAGGAAUGUCUUACUUUUCUGCAAAGUGGAAUGUUCUGUGUGUUUAAUAAGAUUUCUUUCUGGAUUUGUGCAUGUUGGAUCUCUUGCUUUUGGAUUAAAAAAAAUGCUGCUUUUUUUUUUUUACGAAGAGAUUUUUCAUCUGGCUUGCUCCUUUUUGUGUUUGGUAUUAACCUUUGUAUUGACUUUUUUCAUUUAUUGAAAAUGUCAAUGUUCAGAAACUAUAAAGUAAGAGCGUAGGUUCCUGAAUUUUGUUUACUAAUGGUACGAUAUUUUAUUGCUGGUCUGAGAUCUGACUAUUGGCAGUUUCAGAGUGUACGAGCAGCACGUUGUAACAAUUGGUGUUCACUUUGCAUCAUUUGAAUGGACCAGGAAAUGUCAAGUAUGCUGAGACGUGGACAGCCCGAAGACUUUAGUGUAAUUACAUAGCAAACUCCACAGAUCCUCAGACAGCUUUACAAAAAUCUUCACUUCUUAUGGCAUUGUGGAGUUGAUACCGGUAAACAGAGCUCAUGGGACGAAAUGCUUUCUGGUAUUGGUGUCUCCAGUUUGGUACUGUUAGAAAUGUUUUCUUAACUGCUGUAAUUUACACUCAAGGAUUAUCACCAGGUACAUCUAAAUGACAAUUUGAUGAUUGACGAAUUAUCUCAGGAAAGCCAAAGUGUAACUGUAGAAGGAAAAGGAAGGUGUGCUUUUCAGGUAUUUCCAUUGCCUGGCUGGAAGGUGGUAGGGAGAGAUCUGCUGAUUCUUCUGAAGAUGUUAUGAAAUUUGUCUCAAUAAACUGUCUUGUUUGCUUUUAACUAAUGUGUUGUGGUAGAUACUGUUUAAAGAGCUCCAGGAAAACCUGGUAUUUAAUGAAGUGUGUUAGCCUAACUGUGCUGCGAUUGGCAGUAUUAGGGAGCGUGUUUAUUUUUUUCUUUUCUAGUACCAUAAGUAUUUAGCCUAUAAAGAAGUAGAGGUGUGUGCGUGCAUUUGCUGUGAGGAAGAGAAGGUGAAGGUUUUAACUCCUAAUUUAAUGGCUUAUCAGUGGCAUGAAAGCUAAUACGACAUAAGCUUGAAAGUCUGCUGUGGUUUAGCACUCGUAGAGGGUGUUAACUUGCUAACUUGUAUGAAGGACCGUGAUCCUCAGGAGAUAUCUUGAGCCUGCCCUAAUUUGCUGCCUUCUGGAGAGUGCUUAAAUCUGAGCUCUGAAACCCUGUGUAUGGUUACGUAUUUCUUGCUGUUUGAGCAUCGUACUUUCUUGUGUCUUAAUUGCUUGUAUUUUAAAGGUAAGACCAACAAGAAGGGAUGGGAGACUUUGAGCCAUAGCAUUGUAUCAGCAGAUCUGCUGAGGGGCAGUGGUUUUGUUUGGCACAAAAUAGUCAACUCAUUUGCAUUCUGAUAGUGCCAUGUAAGAGCAGUUUAUUUUCCAUAUAGCUUAAAAUGGAGUUUGAAGCUCUCCACGUCUGAUGUACAUCUGGGCCAUGGUAGAUAAGCGCAAGACACGCUCAGAAGCUUUGGCAGCUGGGGGAUCUGUUGAAACAGUGAUCAAAAGUGCUUAUCCCUGUUGUGUUUUGGAUCACUUCCAUAAAAAGAUGCUUGUGCUUUUUUAUCUGUGGGUUGAGCUGUGGUUCAUGCACUACCUGUCUGUGAUCUAGGAGGGAAUGAGUCCUUCUGUUGGGAUGCUUAUAGCUUUGUGCAGCUGUAGCGAGCUUCGUUCAUGGAAUCGGAUGAACAUGUGCUCUCGUCUGCAGCUAAGGUGGGAGUGUUGGCUUUGCUGUUGUAAUUGUGGGGAAGACAUGAAACAGCUUUUUUGUUUUUUGACUUCUUGUUGUCAUAGGGAAACAUCUAAUGCAGGUCUGCUCUCUGUUUAUUUACUAGGUAAGUUUCUUGCUUCACAGAUGACUGUAUUCAGCAUGACUUAUUUUCAGAGAACUUUUGUGCUAUCUCCUUAAGCUGAGAAAGUGGAAAGGAAAUUAGCCAGGAGGACAGAUGUGUUACACCUGUGACCCAUUUAGGAAGACAGAAAUAUUUAAAGCCAGGUGAAGAAGGAAGAAAAAAUAGGAGAGAAAUAGUGGUCCUUAAAUGCAGGUAAGGUUUGAGUUGUUGUACUUUGCUAGUAAACAAGAACUGUGUUUUCUUCAUGAUACAGUUUAGAGAGAGAGUUUCAAAAAGGGAAGAGCCUGUCAAAGCUUGGGAGAAGACUUUGGGGUUUUACCCAGAACUUUUUGUGAAUGCAGGAAUAUUUCAGACUCCUACUCCCUUGUGGCUCCUCCUUGGGAGUGGAAGGAGUGUGAAAGAGUGCAUUAAUGCUGUUCCAGAGAGAUUUGCUUGUGUCUUGGGAACCAUCUGAGGCCUAGCCAUAUGCUACCAGUGUGAGAGAGAGCCUUGUGGCCACUCGUGAAUAUCUCCUGUACGCAGAUUUUUCUCUUUUGAUGAAAAAAGUCAACCUAGCUAGUCUCGAUGUAAAAAUCUGGUGGGUUAGCAGAGUCCUGCACUGGGGUACAGUGAGGUAUGUGUUGGUCAGGCAGCUGAAGGUUAUGUCAUAGCCUGCUUAUAAGGCCUGACAAGAAUAAGUGAGGAGGAAGCAAAUGCAGUUUACACAGGAAAACUUAAUUGUGGCUUCACUUCUGGACCCUUGAGUUUGCAGUAUUGAUCACGUCUUCCCAGUAGUAGGUGGGUUUUUGGGAGUAUAAUUUUAUAAAAUGAGUACCUCAGAAAGCACUUCUUUUACUAGUGUAAUGAUUUUAGUGGUCUCUGGGGAUGAGUGGAGAAGGUAUGGUUUGGGGAGAGGAAGAAGGGAAACAUGGCAGGGUUUGGUUUGUGUGCAAGAAACAUGGUGUUCCUCUGUCUAAGGGAAGCUUUAGUCUUUGGGUUACUUCUGUCUCUUUGAAUAUAUUUAUGUCACUGCACAUGAAAGCUCUGAGUGUGUCCUGCACAGGUGCUUCUCUGGGCAGCUUGUAGAAUGUGCUUGGAAGCAGCCAACUCUGCCCACACAGUACAGCAGGGAUGCCCAAGCUGCGGGCUGCAUGUGGCCCAGCUCAGCUUGCACUGCAGCCCACACCCCCUGCUGCCACGUCAUGGCAGCAGCUCUGCCACACUGGGCAGCCCAGCCCCGGGGGGUGAGGAGCACCCAGGUGAGUGCUCACAAAUAAUACAGUGCUGUGCUUCAUUUGCAAGGGAAUAGUGCUGGUUUUCAGAGAUUACAAUUUGAAGAGACAUAUGCAGAAACGUGCUUCCAAAUUUGAUCAUAUCAAGGAAUGUUUUGUAAACACGGAGUAGUGGAACUGGAAAAAAUAUCUCUCACCUCAACGGAAUAUUUUAAAAAGUUAAAACUGAAAUGGACUCUCUUGUAAAAGCUAGUUACGUGGCUAGCAUCUGAUUACAAAAAAAAUUAAAACCGUUUCCUGAUGGUGAGUUUGUUAAGCAGUGUAUGGAAAGCACGACAGGUGUAAUGUGUCCUGAUGAAAAAAUGGAUUUGUCUAAAAUCAGCUUGUUUUACCGGACUGUAGGCAGGUGGUCCAGAGAAACAGGAAAAUCUAUCAAACAAAAUUUGGGAAGUAAAGCUGUUAAUUUCAAAUUUUACGCUUUGGCGAUAGAUGAAAGUAAUAACGCUACAGGUGUGGCUCAGCUUGUCAUUUUCAUUAGAGGUAUUGAUAACAAAUAUAAUGUCGCUGAAGACAUGGCUUUUUUGGUGCCAUGGAAAGACACAACUAAAUCUCUUGAUUUGCAUGAAACAGUAAGAUAAUACAUUAAAGUGAUUUUCUAUAACUUUUGUCAACAUAGCUGGUAUAGCUACUGAUGGUGCCCCAGUGAUGGUUGGUUUAAAAAAAAAAAAAAAGGGGGGGGGGAUUCGUGAAAUUGAUGGAAGAUGAUGCAGUUACCAGCAGCAACUCGUGUUCGAUGUCACGGCAUCAGACAUGAAGAAAAUCUAUGUGCAGAAGCUUUAAAAAUGAAUAAUGUUAUGCAGAUUGUCUUCAACUCCACUAGGAAUGGCAACCCCUGCCAGUGAGCCAGCCUGGUGCAUUAGUUUCACAAAAACAAGGUCAAAUAUCCCACUAGUUUUGUCUCUGUUGCUCCCUGUUAUUUUAUGCUUUGAUAAAAAAAAAAUACAUGAAAAAUAAGUUUUGUUACAUACUUAUUAUGUAUUUUAUAUGUGGCCUACGGCACUUCCUUUUUGCUCAGUAUGGGCCAGGUAAGCCAAAAGGCUGGACACUCAUGAAGUAAAGUCUACUUUGCUACAGGCUGCCUGACUUUCUCCUUUGGUCAGGGCAUUUUUAUUUAUUUAUGCACUGAAAAUACAGACAGCGGUGUGUUAUAAUCCUGUUUGACACAUACACACUCACUCUUGCUGUAAGCCUUCCCAUUUGAGGUUGACUGUAUAUUCAGUGUGUAAAGUGUGGGUGUUCUGUGGAUCUGAUGUAUUCUCCUCCUCCACCCCCUGCUUUCAGACGUGUUUGUAACAUGGUAUUUUGGCAUGUUUUGAUCUGGCGACUGGUGAAGAACCAGGACUAAGAUCAGGGUAGUGCUGGUGUUUUCAUGAAGUCUUGUUAUUUGAGGGCCAAUUCUGUUCAAUGUUUUUAUCAGGAAAUUGAUGAUGAUACUAACUGUAUAUUAACGCAUUGGGCAACUGUCAUUGGCAUGAAAUUCAACACAGGUUCUGCACCUGGAGCAAAGCAGGGGAGUUGGACUAGAUGACCUUUGACUGUCCUUUCCAACUGAAACAAUUCUAUAAGUAGGAUGUAUUAAAGAAGGUGAAACAUUUGUUAGGAUAGAUGCACAAAACCUGCCGUGAACGGGGACACCUACAGCUCGAUCAGGUGCUCCAGAGCCCCAUCCAGCCUGACCUUUGACCUUGAAUGUCUCCAAGGAUGGAGCAUCCACCACAUCUCUGGGCAUCCUGUUCUAGUUCCUCACCACCCGUAUUGUUAACAACUUUUUCCUUCUAUCCAGUUUAUGACAGAUGAUCUAAAUGGGUCUGUGCAUGUGUCUGGCAUUGCUUUGUUCCAGGUGCAGCACCCAGCAUUUCCUUUGGAGUCAUUUUGCAGUUGGUGAAAGCUGUCUGAGUGAGAUAACUCAAAGGAUUGCGAAUUGAUGGAGAGUGUAGGUGAAUUAGGUUUUCUGGAGUGAAAGCCUGAGUUGUGACUGCAGAAAAGCAGAAUUGCAAUGUGAAAAGAAAGGCACAGCAGAAUGUUGGGAUAACUGGGUAUUUGACAGGUAGUUAGGACUCCACUGGUACUGCUCACCAGGUGGGGAGAAGGGGGAAUGACAUUAUCCUAUCCAGAGGAAGGCUUAAGGAUGUAGAUCAUCCAAAAGAUAUUCUAGUGUGGCAGCAGGGAGCUUUUGUGGCUGAAGAUGCAUUGAGCAAGGCUGGAAAAGCAUUUGUGGUCUGUUAGGGGAGCAUUAUAUCUAAAGCUGUUCUAAGGCUGGACUUCGAUAGUGAGGGUUGCUGUGACCCAGGUGCAGGACCUUGCCCUUGGAUUUUUUUUUUUUCACCCUCUUGUGGUUCUCCACUGCUCAGCCUGUGUAGGUCCCUCUGGAUGGCAUCCUGUCCCUCAGGUGUAUUGACCACACUGUACAGCUUGGUGUCAUCUGUGAACUUGCUGAGGGUGCACUCAAUCUCACCGUUAAUCUAAUUGAUGAAGAUAGUAAAAAGUAUCGGUCUUGAUACAGAUCCCUGAGGGACACCACUCAUCUCCUUCUGGACAUUGAGCCAUUGAUCACUUUCUGUGCAUGCUGUAACAGAGGUCAGAGCACAGACUUCUGGCUACCAAGAAUCAUGUCAUCAUGGCAUAAAUUUUGUUCUUUAUCGGCUGUAUUAAAAUCCUGCCAUUGAUUUAAUGGUUAUCUAUUUGUACUAAAUAUAAAGCUUACUUUUUUGUUAGAGGGGUGUAAUGCGGAACCAGUGGGUAUCAAGCAACUAGAGAACAGGCAUAAGCAGUUCACAACGAUGUUAUUCAAGAGGAAUAUUCUAGUUCACUGGCUGGAAUGCUAGUCAAAACCAAAUGAAGGUUAGAAGUUUGCAGUCUGAGUGCAAUUAUUGCCUUACAAAGGUGAGAAGUUUCCUCAAUGGUCAGCUUCAUCAAACUAAAAUGAUACAGAUAGUAACGUGCUAUUUUUCUUCCAUGGUAAUAUAAAGUUUCUCUAUUAUUAGAAAUGAUGGGCAAGAGUGAUAGCAUAUGGAUCAUGAAAUAUUAGCUGGAGACAUCCUUUAACAGCCAACAAGCUUUGUGGAGGAAGAGUUAAAUGAGCUUUACAGUCCUAAAAAGAAAACAAAUAAAAAUG